AUGGGGUUCAUGAGCGGCAAAACACGAUUCUUCAAUCGUCGUCUAGCGAUUGCCGUGUCCCUCAUUGCCCUUUCUUCAUUCAACUAUGGUUUCGAUAACCAGGCCUUUGCUACUACCCAGGCAAUGGAUGCAUUCGACAAGCGAUUCGGAGAAUACGACCCCGUAAAGAAGAUAUACUACCUCCCCUCGACUUGGCUGGCUCUUUUCAACUCGCUCAACUAUAUCGGUUUUGCCGCCGGCGUCAUCAUUGGGUCAUUUGUCUCGGCUCGAUGGGGCCGUCGGAUGUGCAUGUUCAUAAUGAGCAUCUACGCCAUUGGAACCGCGACUAUCGCCGUUACGAGUACCAACAAGCAUCACGUUAUGGCGGCCCGUGUCCUCAAUUACAUAUACGUUGGGAUGGAGCUGGCAGUGGUGCCUGCCUAUCAAUCAGAGAUUGUCCCCGCCCCGGUCCGAGGUUUCGUCGUGGGCACAUACCAGCUUGCUCUGAUCUUGGGUGGCCUGGUAAUCAACUGUGUUUGCCUUGGGACCAGCACACUUUCCGGAGAUGAGUCAUGGAGGAUUCCUCUUGGCCUCUUCUAUAUCAUUCCUGUCAUCAUUUCGACAUGCAUAUGGUUCCUGCCCGAGUCUCCUCGUUGGCUGCUCUCGAAGGGUAGAGUGGAAGAGGCGCGUGCCAGUCUAGCCCAGUAUCGAAGCGGCUCCUUCACUGAGGAGGAAAUCGACAAGGAGUUUCAGGAAACACAAUUUCAGCUCGAAGUGGCAAGCGAGAAGGGGCGAUUCCUCGACAUUUUUGCGUCUAAAAACUUAAAGCGUACACUCCUUGUUGUUGGUAUCAACUUCUUCCAGCAGGCAACUGGCCAGCAAUUUGCCAGCCAAUACGGAGGGAUUUAUGUGAAGCAGCUUGGGACUAUCAACCCUUUUGUCUUCACUCUCUUGGUUGCGGUCGUCAAUGCCACCGCCAUUGCGAUUUCUCUCUUGACAAAUGAUAGGAUCGGACGUCGCAAGCCUCUUUUGCUGAGCGCGACGAUAAUGUGCACUGCUUUGAUGAUCAUGGGCGGCCUGGGGACGCAGGCUGUAAUUUCCACGUCUACAAAGAUUGCCAUUGUCAGCAUGCUUUGUUUCAUGACGUUUGGAUUCUCACUUGGUCUGGCCCCGCUCACAUAUGUUGUUGCGACCGAGAUUCCUGCUCUUGGACUUCGAGAUGCGACUCUCCGGCUCGGAUUUUGCGUCAAUGUCCUUUUCAACUUCGUGUCAAACUUCAUCUUGCCAUAUCUUCUAGCUGCCCUCGGCUCUAAAACAGGAUUCGUGUUUGGGUCAGUCGCAUUCCUAGGGAUUCUUUUUAUCUACUUUUGUGUUCCAGAGUGUAAGGGCAAAACAUUGGAACAGGUUGACCGGAUGUUCCAGGAGGGAGUACCGCUGCGGAAGUUUGGUAGUUUUGAGACUGAAGACCUCGGCGGCACUACGCAGAAGAAUGAUGAUGAUGCUGUAGUAGCGCAAAUCGAAGUCGGAGGGGAGAAGAGGUAG